GGAAUGAACCAGCUACUAAAGUGACCUAAAGAAAGUACAUAAAGUAACAACAUCAUAUUGCAUACACUAUCUUCAUAUACUACUACAAUUAACUUUGAUUAUUCUUUCCAUGCAUCUAUAUAAACUAGGUCUAUUUGCACAUCAAAUUUUCAUUCUUUCAACCAAAACACAAUACAAUUCUUUCUUGUACCAUUAUUCAUACUUACUGUUGUACCAAAAUGAAGAAUAAAGCUUCAAUUUUCAUGAAGAAUAUCAUAUCUGUUAUAAGUUCAUUAGUGAAAGGAAAAAUCACAGGUGUGAAGGGUAAAGCAGAUUCUAUGAGAAUCCGUCUUCUAGUUUUUUCUCUAAUGAAGAGCAAAAAAUUUUCACUUGCUACUCUUACUAACAAAAUCCAAGCAUUGUUAGAUAAAAAAACUGUCGAAGAAGAUGAUGAUGUUAGUAGUAGUAAUGGUGAAAACAAAGCAAUUGUUCUAUAUGAUGCAAAUUUAGCUAGUGAAUCUCAUCUAAAUUACGCAUCUAGUACUGUUAAUUGUGAUAAUUAUGAUCUUGAGAGAUCACAAAAAAUGGAGUUCUUGGAGUAUUAUGGUCAUCAAGAUAGUUAUUUCGACGAUGAUAAGUAUCCAGAUCUUACACAUUCAUUGUUUGAUGAUGAAGAAGAUAAUGGGGGAUCAAUCAUUGAUAUGGUGAAAAAUUCGAAAGAAAAUGAAGGAAGAGAUUUUAAGUUGGAAGAUGAGAUAGAUCAUGUUGCUGAUCUAUUUAUUAAGAGGUUUCGUAGACAAAUGUUGUUACAAAAAUUGGAUUCUUUUAAGAGAAUUCAAGAGCUUUUAGGGAGAGGUGCAUAAGAAUUAUGGUAGUUAAUUAGUUGAAUGGAAUUAAGGUUAUUAUUAAGAGUUUAAUAAUUCAUGCAUGAUUAAGAGUGUUGUUCAAGUUAUUAUUAUGAGGGUAAUAAUUUUAUGUA